AUGUUUUUGUCUAGGUUUUGAUUCAACUGAUGGAUAUCUAAAUAUAUAUAGGAAAAGACUAACAUAUAUAAUUUCGAAAUGCCAACAGGCCAGAGUAAAACCAUUAAUGGAUGCUCGGCUCUCCAAUAUAUGCAUCAGCAUAUCAGCUGCUCCAACGUAUCUUCCUGCACAUUAUUUCCAGACCCAAGAUAAAGAUGGCAACUUUCAUGAGUUCAAUCUUGUCGAUGGUGGAGUAGCAGCUAACAAUCCAGCCCUUGUUGCUACAAGCGAAGUGACCCAUCAAAUAAUGACUGGAAACCCAGAUUUCUUCCCAAUCAAACCCAUUAAUUAUGAAAGGUUUUUGGUGAUAUCUAUAGGCACUGGAUCAGCAAAAGUGGAACAGAAAUAUAAUGCUAAAAUUGCAUCCAAUUGGGGUAUUUUGGGAUGGCUUCUUAAUGGAGGUUCAACUCCAAUUGUGGAUGUUUUUACUCAAGCCAGUGGUGAUCUGGUUGAUCUUCAUAUUUCUGUUGUUUUCCAAGCUCUUCAGUCUGAAGAAAAUUACCUUCGUAUUCAGAAUGACACAUUAAUUGGAACAGACUCCUCUGUUGAUAUAGCAACCAAAGAGAACAUGGACAAAUUGGUAAAAAUAGGGAAAACUUUAUUGAAGAAACCAGUUUCAAGGGUAAAUUUGCAAACAGGCCUAUCUGAACAAUGCGAAAAUGGUGGCACAAAUGAAGAAACUUUGAAAAGGUUUGCGAAGGUACUUUUAGAAGAAAAAAGACUCUGGGAUUCCAAGUCACCUCAUACAAACAAAACCUCAGAGUAGCACAUCAUUUCUUUGGAGCACAGAAGAAAUCAUUGUCUUUAUUUAGCUUUGUAUUUACUUUAAAGCUUUAAUUUGUUAUAGGGAAUGAAUUGGAUAAGUCUCAAA